ACAGAUAAAUAGUAAACGAAGUACGAUAUGCCACAUGUAGCAUAAAGGAAUGUAAAAAUUAUGUUUUAUGUAGAGGAGUGACAAAAUGAAAAUAAUUACAACAAAUAAAAAAAUAUGAAGAAAAUGAUCUAACAAUCAGGAAGCUAAAAAUUGGCUGACCAAUAUGGCCGUCCUACCUCCCUUCCUUUCUAACGCGCGGUCCCCCUCCCAUGGAAGAUUGGACUUUGGGCUGCUUCCACGUUUUCAUAUAUCCAUGUAGACAUAUACUCUCACGUGCGAUAGCGAUUCUAAAGACUGUAAAGUUUAAGACAUAACCUAACCUAACCUAGUCAUUCUACUUUUACAUUUCUAAAAAAAUAUCACCGGCGAUCAAUGUAUGACGUUUUGAUAUUACGAUGGCCGCCCAGUCGCGAAAAAUUCUGAAUGCGAUCACAAAACGAAUUAACAAAUCGCCGUUGUUUAAUAAUGCCACUAGUGCGAUUGGAAAUGCUACCGAAAGGGCGCAAGAAAAAUUAACAACUAUGCAAAGUAUUGCUUGUAAAAAGUAUGAUACAAUUGUGAAGCAUGUGAACGGAGCAACGAUAAUACAAGAUAUAAAUGUUGCUGCCCUGCAGCCGGCAGCACCUCUGCCAAAGCAUCUUGUCAAUUGGUGGCAUUGGUACCAACAAUUGACAGGCCUCGAUACCAUUGAAGUAGCUAAACAGCAGGUAAUCAAAGUUCAAGAUAACCUUUUCAAAUGUCAAGACCAACGGAGAAGUAUUACAAGGCAAGCUGUCAUGGUAAAUGAGAAGUUAAAGGAAAUUUAUGCGGAGCUUAUUCAAACUAAAAGAGAUGAUCCAAAGUAUGUGCAAUUGACUAUAAUGGAAAACAAAGGACUACAGGAACAAGCACGAUUACACGGGGAAUUGAAUUUACUGGAAAUUGAAGAAAGAGAUCAUUUCACUCAGUUAACAACAGCUAUUAAAGAAUAUCAUGACAGUCAAGCUAUGAAUGCUCAAAAAUAUAAGUAUUUAUCUAUUCUUGCUUCGGCUCUGUUAGCACUGGUAUCAUUAGCUGGUUCAAUGGUAUAUAAUAACAGAAGAAUUGUCGAUGUUCGCAAUGUUAUUACAGAAGCACAGAAAAGUAAUGAAAAAAGUUUCAGAGAUUACUUCUCUUCGUUGGAAAAUGCUACAAAUCAGAAGUUUAGAGAAGUUAUGACGCUCCUAGAAAAACAAACUGAAGGGGUAAAAGCAAUCAAAUCAAUAUACAACACUGAAAAAAUACAUAAGCCGGUAGAACAGGAUGUAAAGAGUGCAUCUAUCGACAGUAUAAAAACUGUUGCAUCAUAUGGAAGUAUAGUGAUUAUUGCUUGGUUUAUCUUUCAACGAUUAACAGGUAAUUAAACAGAAUGUACAUAUGAAUUCAUUAAUACAAGCUUUGUAUAGUAUAA